UCUCAAGUUAUUUAAGGAGGGAAGAGGCAAGUAAACUGGUUAGAAGCUUGAGGGAAUACAGGGAAAGAACAGUGUUGAAAGUACACCUUGCUCUGAGACCCAGUGCAGAUACGAUAAGCUGAAUUGCCACAUCCGCUCUGUAAAUUCCUAUGACUGAAAACAUCACCGCAUCUUAUUUGAUAAACAAUUCAACAUAUAGUUGAAGAAGGAUUCACACGUUGAAGUUGCAGAAGGAUUCACACAUUCACAACUCUAUAUCAGCACAAUGAGCAACACAUCGAAGGAUUCUUUGAAAGAGAAACUACUUCAACUUGAAUGCCACUUCACAUGGUCUGUUAAAAAGGAAAUGUUUGACUUGGACGAUGCAAAGCAAAGACUGGAAGAAUUAAUAAUCGAUGGCAUAAAAUACCAAGCCAUGCCUUACAACUAUCUUGCUUUUAUAAAUUGUCUCCAAGACAAUUACGGAGAGGCGCUUGAAGCCUUACAGAAAGCUGAAGAGAUUCUGCGCAAGAAUCACGAACAUGAUUUUGAAAGAAGAAGCAUCAUCACCUAUGGAAACUAUGCCUGGGUAUAUUAUUACAUGGACCAGCUCACAGAUGUCCAGACCUAUCUUGAUAAGCUGGAGAGGAUCUGUAAACUAUUUCCUAAUGCAUCUCGUCAUUCAGUAAUGACACCUGAAAUAUAUGGGGAGAAGGGCUGGGCACUGCUAAAUUGUACUGGAAUAUGUUAUGAAGAAGCAAAGGAAUGUUUUCUGAAGGCACUGGAGGAAGAUCCUGAUGAUACUGAAUGGAACAUGGGUUAUGCCACUGUUCUGUUUCGUCUGGAAUCAUUUCUUGGCACUGCCGAGAACCUCGCACCGAGUAAAGCAAUACCACAAUUACGACGUGUGUUAGAACUUGAUCCAAAUGACUCCAUAGCCAUGGUGCUACUGGCUCUUAAACUAAGAGAAGUAAAUGAAGUAAAUGAAGGCUUCACAUUAGUUGAGAAGGCACUGAAGAUCUCUCCUAAUCGUCCAUAUGUGAUUCGCUAUGCAGCAAAGUUUUUAAGAAAAGCUCGUGCCAUAGAUAAAGCUGUGGAGCUCCUGAAGAGAGCAAUGACAAUCACACCAGACUCAUCAUUCCUCCACCAUCAGAUAGGUCUGUGUUAUAGAGUCAAGUUAAUUGAUUUGAUGAAAUAUCCAGGCAUCAGGAACGCUGAAUUUGAAGCAAGAACUGAAUUGAUUGAACUCUGCAAGUCCCAUUUUGAAAAGGCAUUUUUACUAAAAAAUCAUUUAUUCCUGCACAAGUGGACUUCGCAGAAAUGUGUUUAAUGAAUCAAGAACAACGCAAAGCUGAAGACAUCUACAUGAACCUACUUAAAUUAGAACACACCCGUCCUGAAAAUAAACAAUUGGUGUUUUUGAAGGUUGGCUUAUUUGAAAUGCAUCACAAGAAAAAUGAUUUGAAUGCUGCUGAUUUUUUCUUGAAAGGAAUGAAAGUCCAAUACAAGUCGUACGAUAGAGAGAAAUGUUGCAAAAAUUUGGAAAAGAUAAUGCAAAGACGACUCUCCAGAAAUCCAAGAGACAGCAUUGCCUUUGGUUUCCUUGGGUCCAUGCAUCAGCUGGAUGGGGAGAAGCAAGAGGCUGUUGAAUGCUUUGAAAAAGCCCUGAGAUUUAAUCCAAACAAUGAAGAAUAUCUGAAUGCUCUUGGUGAAUUACGUCUUACUAUCUAGGGAAGUUAUAACUUCCUCAGUUAAAACUAAGACAUUUGUUAAAUAUCGAGCUAAUAAACUCUUCUCGCUAAACCUGUAUCUUAAGGGUGGAUGAUUGGACAGAAUGAUACAAAUACGCUGAUAUACUGGGAUGCUCAUUAACAUUACUUAAUAUAAGUAAAACCAGUUCAAUUUAAGUUGCAACAUAAAACCAACUUGCAUUUAUGUACGGAAGCAUUCUGCUCUUUGAUUUUGCUGCUUUGUAGUCACAAGAAUGAAAAA